AUGGAUCAUUCUGACAAUUCUUCAGACGAGGGCAGAAAGGCCAAGCAUUUGUUUGGUCUCAAGGUGAAGAAGAAAAAGAAAGCAAAGAAAGACCUGGUCCUGGCAAACAAGGGAGCUGUGGACAGUGAGACAGAGGCAAUCUGUGAAGAAUCUUCUCUGCUGGAGGGAGAAAACCUCGAGGAACUACCAGGACCCUCUGCAAUCAGAACCAGAAUCCUACCAAACACUCGAAGGGCCAAGCUGAAAACUCGGAUCCAGGACAGUGAUGGGAAACCCCAGAGCUUUCAGAUCGCUAUCAACAUCACGGAGGCAAGGCAGCUGGUGGGAGAAAACAUCGACCCCAGUGUGGUUGUGGAGAUCGGUGAUGAAAAGAAACAGACUUCAGUCAAAGAAGGAACAAAUGCUCCUUUUUACAAUGAGUAUUUCGUGUUUGACUUCUUUGCUCACAAAGAAGUGUUUUUCGACAAAGUCAUCAAGCUGACGGUGAUUCACUCAAAAAUACUGAAGAGUUUCUGCAUCGGGUCGUUUAAGCUGGACGUGUGGACGGUCUACAAGCAGCCAGGUCACCAGUUCAUCAAUAAGUGGGCAAUGCUGACCAAUCCAGGAGACAUCAGCACUGGGGUUAAAGGUUAUGUGAAGUGUGACAUCAGUGUCUCAGCAAAAGGAGACGCCAUGCAGCCCGGACAGAAAGCUAGUGAUGCUGAGGAGCAGAUAGACAAAAACCUACUGAUACCAGAAGGUUUCCCCUCAGAGCGACCGUGGGCCCGUUUUUAUGUGAAGGUGUACAGAGCUGAAGGACUCCCAAGGAAUAACUCCAGUAUCAUGGCCAACGUCACCAAGGCUUUCAUCGGGGAUAACACAGCGCUCAUCGACCCGUACGUGGUGGUCAGCUUCUUCAAACGAGUGGGCCGUACUACUACCCAGAAGUCCACAGCAGACCCAAUCUGGAACGAGCAGAUAGUCUUCAUAGAGAUGUUUCCUCCACUGUGUCAGAGAAUGAAGAUCCAGGUCUGGGAUGAAGGGAGCAUGAGUGAUGUUGCAAUAGGGACCCAUUACUUUGACUUGAGACGUAUCUCCAAUGAACAAGAUGGAGACAGAGGGUUUUUACCAACUUUUGGUCCAGCUUGGAUCAAUCUGUAUGGCUCAGCCAGGAACUUUUCACUGGGCGAUGAUACAGUAGAGCUAAACGAGGGCAUUGGAGAGGGUGUGUCCUACAGGGGUCGCAUCUACCUGGAGCUGGCUGUAGAGAUCCUCUCAGGAGGAACAGGUUCAGAGUCUAAACUCAGCAAAAUGGUCAAAGCUGUGAAGGAUCCUAAAACAGCAGGAAAAGCUGGAGGGAAGGAUGCAAAGACGGCUGCAGGAGGAGGAGCUGGAGGAGCAGCAGGAGGAGCUGCUGAUGACGACAAAGGAAAGACGGCAGAGGUUAUGCCUGUAGAAGCUCCUUCUAUGCUGAAUGCAGAUGACAAGGAGAGGUUUAUUCUGUUUGGGGCCGUGUUUGAAGCCACCUUGAUCGACAGGAAGAUCGGAGACAAGCCAAUCAGCUUUGAGUUCUCCAUGGGUAACUUUGGUAACAUCUUGGAGUCUGCAGGGGCUCCCACCCCGAGUCCGUCUGUGAAGAGGAAAAGCCCCAAACCUCCUCGAAAGCUAGACAUCCCAGAUAGCGUAGGUGAUAUGUUUGGCUCCUCCCCAACCUCCCCGUCCACUCCCCUCCUACCCAGAGAGACCAGAGAAGACCCUCCAUUGACCUCCAAGUCGACCACGCCUCCAGAGAAGCCACUCCUUGCUGACGGAAACAAGUACUACAUGUAUUUAUCCCUGGAAAAGGAGAAGCCAUGUAUUAACGUUCUUGGUGACUGGGAGAACAGAACUUACCGACUGUACUACUCCAACAUGCUGGAGAACAUCGCUGCCCUCUUUGAACAGGGUGUGACCAGUGCAGCUGAGCUGCAAAAAAAAUCAGAUCCAGGGGCGGUGCCAAUGCUCAAAACUGCUCUCAAAGACUUCUGCUUGGACGCCAGGAGUUUCAUCACAGCAGCAGAAGCCAAGUUAAAGGCAGAACUGAAGUCAAAUUAUCUGACGCAGUUGGACAAGAAACGCCUCACGAUGUGUACACAGGAGCUGGAGGGUAUGAUAGAAGAUGCUGAGAACCUUGGAGAGAGGAAGAGAAAAGUCCGUGGAGGGAAAGAAAUGCUGCAGGAUGCAACAAAACUGGUGCAAAAACUUCGCUUCCUCGUGACAGAGCCUCAGCACACAGUUCCAGACCUCUUUGUAUGGUUACUGAGCAACAACAAGCGUAUUGCGUACGCUCGGGUUCGAGCCAGAGACCUGCUGUACUCCAGUGAGCAGGAGGCCCGGGGAAUCCACUGCGGGAAGAUAAUAACACUGUUUUUAAAGCCUCCAGGGAAGCGUGUUUCAGGUUUCACGGUCCAGGCAAAGCUGGAUGUUUAUCUGUGGUUUGGAUCCUGUGAAGACUCUGUCCACAUGCUGGAUGAUCUACCUGCAGGGUUAAGUCCAAACAAAGGGGGCACUGAUGCCUGCAACCCUCCGGCAAGCCUGAUCUGUGAAGAGCAGCAUCAGUUUCACCUGAGGUGUCACAUGUAUCAGGCUCGGGGUCUGAUAGCUGCUGAUAACAGCGGCCUGUCUGAUCCUUUCGCCAGAGUCACCUUUUUGUCCCACUGCCAAACCACCAAUGUGAUCAGUCAAACUCUCAGUCCAACAUGGAACCAGUGUCUGCCAAUGAGCAGCCUGACUCUGGGUGGAGAUCUGCAGUACAUCCAGGAAGAGCCACCACGUAUUCUUAUCGAGGUGUACGACGAUGAUGCACUGGGUAAAGCUGAGUAUCUAGGAGCCACAGUAGCGGUCCCUGAGGUUCGUCUAAGCUCUGAGCCCUACACCCCUCCAACCCUCCAGUACAGCCCACUGCACUGUGGCAGUCAGUCAGGAGGAGACCUGCUAGCUGCUUUUGAACUGCUGCAGAUCCCAGAGUCUGGAGAGAAGAGUUUUCCAGCGCUGGAGGAAAAGGAAGGAGGAAUCUACACUGUUCCUGCAAACAUAAGACCUGUUCUCAGCACAUACAGGCUUGAGGUCUUGUUCUGGGGUCUGAGGGAGUUGAAGAAGGUUCAGCUCCUGACUGUUGAUCGUCCUCAGGUCUUCAUUGAGUGUGCAGGGAAAACUUUGCGCUCUUCUGUCAUUCAGAAGUACAAGUCCAAUCCAAACUUCCCCACGCUGGUUGAUGCCAUUGAGCUGGAGUUACCAGAGAACGAACUCCUCCAUCCUCCUCUCAGUAUCACUGUCGUUGAUUGGCGAGCCUUUGGUCGCAGCACGUUGGUUGGAAACCACAUAAUCAACAACCUUAAGUUGUUCAAAUAUGUCCCACCUCCACCCAUGCCUGCUCCUGUACAUGUACCCAAACGCAGGGUGUCAUACACGCCUGAACUCGACUUGCCACCAGAGCAGCCAAGCACAUCAGGACCAUCCGAGAUCUCUGUAGGAACUAGUUCAACCAUGCCGCUGACGAGUCAAGAUGUUCUGAUCACUGUGGAGGAUGAACCUCCGCCUAAAGCCCCGCUCACGCCUAAAAAGAAAGAAGCCAAGAAAAAGGUGAAAGCCCAGGAGAGCAAGGCAAAAAGCGGCCGUCGAUCCACCAAGAGGAAGAAGCGGACGGUCGCUGACGAAUCAGCAGAGAGCGUCAUCGACUGGUGGUCCAAGUAUUACGCAUCUGUAGAGAAGGAGACCAAACAGAAGGACGGAUCUCCGUUCCCCCAGGUGUUUGAAAAAGCGUCAGCGUACAGUGGCUUGCUCUGCGCUGGAAUAGACUCACUGGUCAGCCAGUCAGAGACUGACAAGAAGAAGAAGCAACAGAAAGGAGGAAAAUCUGCCUUGGAUGCAAAACUUGGAGUUCCUGCUAAACUUGCCACACUUAAGUUGUUUAAUAAGGAGCUGGAGGCUGAGUUGGGACCUUUUGAUGAUUGGGUGAAAACAUACGAGCUGUUCCGAGGGAAAUCCAACGAGGAGGAGGGAACAUCUGAUGAAAGAUUUGUCGGGAAAUUUAAGGGGAGAUUCUGUUUGUACAAACUGAAUGAAAGUGACGAUGAGGACUGGGAUGAAGCCGCUGACUCUGGACAUUUAAAAGUUAACAGAGGAAUCCCUCCAAACAACCAGGUCCAAGUCCUCAUACGGGUCUACAUCGUCUCUGCCUCUAACCUGCACCCAGCUGAUCCUGAUGGUAAAGCGGACCCUUACGUUGUUCUUCGUCUGGGCAAGCAUGAAAUCAAGGAUAGAGACAACUACAUCCCCAAACAGCUCAAUCCUGUGUUUGGCAGAUCUUUUGAGAUUCAGGCUUCAUUUCCUAAAGAGUCUCUGCUGUCAGUGCUGAUCUAUGACUACGACUUGGUAGGAGGGGACGACCUGAUAGGAGAGACUCGCAUUGAUCUGGAGAACCGCUUCUACAGCCGCCACAGAGCCACCUGUGGACUCCCCACUGAGUACAGCCUUGAAGGUUAUAACGCCUGGAGGGACUGUUUGAAGCCGUCAGAGCUGCUAGCUAAGCUGUGUAAAGAGAACUGCGUGGACGGUCCUCAUUUCAGACCAGGACGAAUCAUUGUGGCUGAUAAAGUUUUCACUGGGAAGACGCUCUUCAUGGAUGAAGACCAGCCGGUGGAGAAUUAUGAACAUCUGUCUCUGAAGGUCCUUCACCGCUGGUCAGAGAUUCCUGCUGUGGGAUGUAAACUGAUACCUGAACACAUCGAGACCAGGACACUGUACCACAAGGCUCGGCCCGGCAUGGACCAGGGUCAGGUCCAGAUGUGGGUAGACAUGUUUCCCAUGGACUUGCCUCAUCCAGGACCUUCAGCAGAUAUUUCACCUCGAAAACCGAAAGGGUACGAGUUGCGAAUCAUCAUCUGGAACACAGAAGACGUGAUCCUGGAGGAUAGCAACUUCCUGACCGGUCAACAGUCCAGUGACAUCUACAUCAAGGGCUGGUUGAAAGGUUUGGAGGAUGACCGACAGGAGACAGACGUCCACUACAACUCUCUGACUGGAGAAGGAAACUUCAACUGGCGUUUUGUCUUCCCCUUCUUCUAUAUGCCUGCUGAGAAGGUUGUGGUGGUGCAGAAAAGAGAGCACAUUUUCUCCUUGGAUAAAACCGAACAGAAACUCCCUGCCAUCCUCAUCAUGCAGGUCUGGGACUUUGAGACGCUCUCCUCAGACGACUUUCUUGGUACGGUGGAGUUGGACCUGCAUGGUUUCCCUCGGGGGGCAAAGACGGCCAAGGUGUGUAAGCUAGACAUGUUGACAGACGGGACGGAGAAAAUCUCCAUCUUCCAGCAGAAGAGAGCAAGAGGCUGGUGGCCUUUCAGCAAGUCUGGAGAGCUGACGGGGAAAGUGGAGGCAGAGUUCCAUCUUGUGACACAUGAGGAGGCGGAGAAAAAUCCAGUUGGGAAAGCAAGAAAAGAGCCGGAGCCGCUGCCAAAACCAAAUCGUCCAGAUACCUCCUUCUCCUGGUUUGUUAAUCCAUUCAAGUGUUUCUUCCACCUCAUCUGGAAAAACUACAAGAAGUACAUCAUCAUCGGCCUCAUUCUGCUCAUUAUUGCGUCAUUCCUCACUCUGCUCUUCUACACAAUGCCUGGAGCCAUUUCUCAGAAGAUCAUCAGUGGAUAACACGGACAAAAACU